AAUUUUAAUACAUAACUUUUUAAUUUUAAGAAGCAAUAAAAUAACAAAAAGUUCGGAAGAGCUUAGCUCAUUUGCGUAGCUUCUCUGAGAGUUCGAUGUUGAAGUAGAUUAAAUAGAACAACUUUGAAGUGGGACAUCAAAAAUUAAAACAAGAAUAAUCGGUAAUAUCGACAACAAUAUUCGAAGUUUUAUAUAAGUAGACCAUUGAAAAAAAAAUUCUCGAAAAUUAUUCCCCGCCAUAUGAUGACAGGGGUAAUUAAAUCACCGCUCCAAGGUUCUUUAAAAGCAAGUUUCGUAAAACACCAAAAAUGAAAAUCAACAAAACGGGUCACUCCCAAAUAAAGUAGAAUAACUCUGGCCAAUCAAGUGUCGUGCGAACUUACCACGUGACUAAACUGAAACCCACUCACAACUUAUGGUCUUUUUUGCGGAGGUGAAAAUGAAAUUUCUUAUCGGUGUUAAAGAGAUUUUUCGAAAGUGUAUUUUUAAAACUAAAAUAUAUUAAUUUCUUUGAUUUAAUAUGUGAUACAUAUUAACAUUUUCAAGCACUACGAUGCUUAAAGUUAUCCAUUUGAAUGGAAAAUAUAAUCUGUGCAACUUAAAACGUUUAAUAAUAGCAGCAAGCCUCACUACUUUGUCUUUCCUUUUCACAGCAAACUACAUUAUUUCAAACGCAAUAAAAUUUUCUUUUGUGCCGCAAAUCAGAACAAAGCUGGAAAAUUACGAUUUCGACUACAGAAUCACUAAUAAUAUAUGUAGCGAACAGAUAUAUUUAUUGGUCAUAAUUCACAGUGCAGCGAAUCAUUUUGAACAUCGCCAAACUAUUCGCGAUACCUGGGGAAAUCCAGGGGAACAAUUUCCGAUAGUUAAAUUAGCGUUCCUUCUUGCUGUUGAUGAAGACCUGCAGAGAGAAAUAGAUGAAGAAAAUGAUCGUAAUAGGGAUAUUAUUCAAGGCAAUUUUAUCGACUCAUACCGCAAUUUAACUUAUAAACACGCAAUGGGUUUGUCUUGGGUAUCCAACAACUGCAACCAAAGUACAUUCGUACUUAAAAUGGACGAUGAUAUCUUCAUAGACAUUUACCAGUUCAUGGAUUACAUGCAAAAUAAGUUGAAGUACGGUGAUUUGAAGAACAAUAUUGCAUGCUUUCAUCAGAAAAGCAUGCCAGUAGUGAGAGAUCCAGUUAGCAAAUGGUAUGUUUCCAAAACAGAGUAUUCAUCAGACAUAUUUGAAGAUUAUUGCUCUGGAUGGGCCUACCUGACGACACCAAAAGUGGCCCAUCGCCUUUAUCAGUCUGUAAAAAAAGUACCUUAUUUCUGGGUGGAUGAUGUUCACCUGACAGGUAAAGUCAGAAAAAUGGCGAAUGUAAAACUGAUUAGAUUAAACAAUUUAUUUGCUUUGGAAAGUGAUGGACUGAUAGAAUGGUGCAAUUCUGCAACAGAUUUUAAAUGGGAUAAAAUGUUUGCUCCUACUUGGGGGGAUUUGAAGUUAAUAAGGAGGGCGCAUAAGAAAUCUUUAACUUGUUUUGUUGCAGACUGCAAGUGUUGUUACUACCGAACUACUACUCCUAGACCUUCAACAUCAUCUACAACGGUAAGAGGAAGGGCACAGCUGAUACCUUUAACUUUUUAUAGGAAAAAACUUUUAAAUCGAUAGAAUUUCAUGACUAAUAUUUUUUUUCAUGAUUGUGAUAUUUAUUAGUAAAUUAAUUUUGUUUAAAUAAAAUAGUCAUUUCAAUAUAGUGUUGAUUAAAAUCACUUGCAUACAUUAAAAAAAUAAUGACUAGAAAAAUUAACUUUUGUUUUGCUGCUGUUCUCUAGCCCUAUAAAAUAAUUACUAAAUGCUUUGAAAAGAUUCAGUAUAUAGUCAAAUAUUACUUUUUAUCUAGUAGUAUGAUACUGAACAAUUCCCUGAUACAUAAAUUUUGUUUAGGUGGAUUCAAAAACUUGGCAAUGUGAAGGUUUACUCCUUUAAUAGUGAACAAAGCUUAUAAACUAGCUAGCUAACUCUAUAAAAAAGCUAAAUAUAGUGAACAAAGCUUUUAAACAAAUUAUCAGUUUCAAAUAUACUAUAAAAUUUACACUAUUAUAAGUUAAAUAAAAAAGAAAAAUAAUUUGAUAUAUUGCAAUGAAACAAUUAACUAAUUAGAAGGAUAAGUUUAUUUUAUUGCUUUACAUAAUUUUUGAAUUUAUUUUAAAAAAUUAUAGAGGCAGUAGAACUUUAUAUAUGUCGUUCUAAAUCUGCUCAAUAAACUAUUGGCAAAAAAAA